UUUAUUUAGUUAUUAAAAUUUACUUUGAAACUUAAUUUGUUCAAAAAUAAAAUUCUAUAUGUUUACUUGAAUGUACUAGUUAUUUUCGAUUAUUUAUUGAAAUGGAAAGUGUUUGUUUUUAGCGUUCAAAUGAAAACAAAAUCGUAUUUUUCUUCAAAGGUUUGGCGCAAAUGCCUUUAAUUAUUUGUUCAUCAAAUGUUGUAUUUUGACAAGGAAAAAGAGCAUGUACGUCUCAGUAAAACCCAGAUUUUUUCCAAAUAGAAUAAAAUCGAGCCACAUAUCAUUUUCAUUAAAAUUAUCAGAGUAUACCAUCAACAUCUUGACAAUAAUUAGACAUUCAGGUUUAAUUCCAUCGUAACUGGAGAUAUUUCAUUACAUAUUUCAUUUCUUCAACGAAAUUACAGCACUUUUAUGUAAAUUAAUUAGACCGAUUUCAGAUACACCAGUUUGUAUAUCCCAUGAAACAAUGUCAAACUCUUCAAUUGAGGCAUUCUCAUCAAUAGACUCCAUCAAUUCCUUUAGUUUAUCUUGUUCAAGAUAAAUAUAAUCCCAUGUAUCACAUACAGUCAACUUUGUAAUACGUUUGCAUUCUGACAAAAUAGAAAUAAUUGCUUCGGUUUAUUUUCCAAUUUGUUCCUGCCAAUGUUGAUCAGCUAGGGUGAUUUCUUUUAGUUUUGGUAGCUCAUUUAACAAUCUGAUUAUAUUUGAAUUUUCAAUUUUUUGUCUCUCAUUUUCCAAAAAACCUAUAGUACUUGAUAUGCAAUAUUUCGAUAUUGCGGUUAUUUUUCACUACACUGGCCAUACGUUCAAAAUCAUGAUCUGAUUUGGUAGCCAAAUUUGCAAUUGAAGAAGAUUCUUAAAAAAAUGUCAAAGUGGUUCAUAGCCAAAACCCAUCAACAGUUCAAAGAGAACUUCAUUGUUCUAAAACGAACUUUUCGCUUUUUUCACAAGCUAUCCAAUAGAUGGCGUUCAAAGCCGAUUCCAAGGUAAUGAAAAAGGAUAAAUAGAAUGUUAUUCAAAGUUUUUUUUCCGCACAAAAAACAACAACAAAUAUUUGAACGCAUUAACAGUCCAUUUGUAAAGCCUUUUCGACAAUAAAGCUUUGUUUUUGAUAACGUUCAAGUGGAUGGUUUGAAAUGAAAAUACGAUGAGCUCACGGUGCAUAUGUUAUUCGACGAUUGAAAGAUGUUUUCCAUAUUUACUUUUUAUUCAAAUUUUAUUAUCGCAUUUUAUUAUAUUCGCAUUUGCGAUAUUAAAACCCUUUAUAAUAUCGCGUCUUUUGUUUAUCAAAUGCAUCCAUUUAAUUUGUUUGUUAAAUUUUAAAAAUAGUUUAUUGAUCGGAAUUUUCUCUUUAUCGAAGUGAAUGUUCAGCACUUCGAAACGUUAUUUGUUCAAAAAUUGAGCACCAAAUGGAAAAUUGUGUUCAUCAAAAAAGAAAAAAUUCCAAAAAAGAACGCUUUAAUUGAGAAACAAAGAAACCACUGAACUAUGAACACUAUUCAACUGAAAUUUCCAUCAUUUAUGAAUUUAAAAUGUGCAUCAUUUGGUUUUAAUUCAAUGCCGAUAAAAUCUUUGGUCAUGGUCGUAACUUCGAAAAAAAAGAACUCAUUUAACUUUUCCGAUUGAAUCAUUACGGGCAAUAUUGCUGUGCAUAAGCGGUUACCGUUAUGUUUUCAUUAAAUCAAAGAGGCCGUUUAACAUUGACAAGAGGGGAAAAAAUGAAGCAAUUGAGAGACACAACAAAGAGGAUAUGAAAAUAUGCAAAAUUGCAUGAAACAUUUGCUUUUUCCAUUAUAAUAUACAGUUCAUUCAUCAGCCACUGGGUCCGUGUUUUGCGCCUUGUCGUUUAUCAUUUAUUACGAUUGUCGCACUGUUUACUCUUUGAUUUUGCGGCGAAGCGGCAAGCGAAAGAAUUCGUGUGCAAACACACAAACCCUUCGUCAUACGUUUCCAUCCGUGUGCUGAGUGAACACUAUCCGACGGAUGUGCAAGCAACUGAGCAAAAUCACUCGUACACACACACAGAGACAGGCUGAACUCGAUUGGAUUUUGCUAUGACUGAUUCAAAGCUAACUCGCAACAUGGUUUAUGUUGUCCUCUCCAUUCGACAAUCACGUUAAAGCACACAUGCAAUAUAUUCGGUGUACUGUCGAUGGCAUGCUGUUGCCGUUGCUGUCGCUUCCACUGAUAUAUUUUUUUCCACCAUCAAAACCCCAAACGAAUAUAUUUGAAUGAAAUACCUUGGUUGGGUUUCAGUUGUGCUUCGACCGUUAUAUGUGAUACACGCCAAUCGAAAGUGCUCACAUUUCAACACACAGUAUUUACAUUCAAAACCAUUGGCUUCGUGUGAUCAGUGAUUAUGUGGAAAAUUCAGUGAACUGAUUUUACGCAACAAUUUCCUUCCGCUGAAAAUAGAAGAACAAAAAAAAAAAACAAUUGGAAUUCCAGGGUGUUUCCGAUUGAGUAAGCCAAAUUCAGAGAAGAGAAAAGUUUACGAAUUUAAUUUUUAUGCAAAUUUCCUGGAAAUUUGAAUGAAACUUAUUUCCUACCGAGAAAAGAGCAAAUUUUGAAAUUCAAAUUAAGACAAGAAAAUUACUUUUGAAUGAGAAAAAUACAUUUUCUAAAAAUAAACAAAGGCGAAAUUGGAAAUAAAGUUUUAUUUAUUGCUCCUUAUCAAAACAUUGAUUUGGUGUUGAUGUUGUGCUUGUGUUAAUCGUGAAAGAUCGUUUUUUUUUAUUGUGGUCAUAAUAAAUUAUUGAACGAAAUUUAUGACGUUGGUGUGAAGCCAGAGAGAGAGAGAGAGAGAGUGAGCAGGAGCAGUUCAGCCAAGGAUUCUUGAUGUGAACAAAUAAACGACGCAUCGCAUCGUUAUCAAAAACACCACCAGUAACAACACACAGCCCAGCACAUCAAAAUUCAGUUAAACGAAGUUGAACGAACCAACAUUUUGAAUUGGAAUACGAAAUCACAUUUUCACAUGUGCAUUGAAUGGGUUUGGUGUGUGCAAUGACUAUUGACAAUUCCAUAAAAUAAACUGCCAACGAACGCACCAUAAAUUCUAUUCGAGAGACGCACAUGCAGACGCGCUCACGCUCAACAAAAAAACGUCGUCAUCGUAUCCAAUUAAUUGUGAGAAUGUAAACAGGAGGAUCAAAACGAACGAACAAAGAAAAGAAAAAGAUAUGCUAUUUCCGAAUCGUCGCCACGUAUAAAUAUCAAAAUAGAACGGGCUGGAUGAAUCGUUACGAUUAAGAUGUCGUACACAUAGAUGACAAUUAUACGCCAUUGGAAAGCAGAACUGCUUGCGCUCUUUUUUUAAAUUAUUUACGUUCAAUGUCUUCGCCCCCUGAAAACAAAACUUUUUAACGCGGCUACGAAAUUUUCCCGUUCAUUACUUGCACAAACGCAGCCCGUUGUUGAUUAAUUGUAUUUCAAAAAAAAAAAAGACACACGAAGAGAGAGGGAGAGAAACGAUUGAGAUUUUCUUUGAGACCAUUCCAAAAGAGGCGACCUGUUAAUUGAGAACGAUGACGCCAUUCGAUGACUAUAGUUCGGAAAAUGCAAGUUCAGAGUCAGCGAUUACAAUGACCUGGAUGACAGUCGUUGCGAAUGCUAGCACACCGACAAACACAACACCGGCAUCGAUGGUGAGUACCGUGAUUUCAACGACAAUUGCAACAACAUCGUCCACAUCAUUAUCAACAUGGUUCACAAAUGGUCGUAUACAAAUCAUUCUCUACAUUACAAUACUGUUGUUAGCCAUAAUUGGCAACGCAUUGGUUAUUCUGACACUGAUUCAAAACCGUCGAAUGCGUACCAUUACCAAUGUGUUUCUACUGAAUUUGGCCAUUUCCGAUAUAUUGUUGGGGGUGUUAUGUAUGCCCAUCACAUUGAUUGGAACGCUGCUCCGGGAUUUUGUGUUCGGCGAAGUGAUGUGCAAACUCCUACCAUAUUUACAAGGUCAUCACAAAUGUCGCGAACAAUGGCCAGAUAGUGCGGUACAUGCGGUAGACUAUGAACGGUGGUUCAAUCUAUUUUUGGAUAUGAUUCUAUUAAUAUUUCCAUUGAUAAUGCUGUCGACUGCAUAUUUUUCCAUCACCAAAACACUGUGGCAAGGCAUGGCACUGGAACGUACGACCAAACGUUACGCAAAGUCAUCGUCGGGAAAUAAUAACUACCAACAUGCAUCGAGGAAUUCCAUCAAGAUCUACUUGAAUACGAACGGUCAUACACGUGGAAAAUGCGCAUUAUCCUAUACGAGCAAGCGAAAAGCAACGUUCAGUAGUAACAGCGAUAAUGUGAUUUGCUAUCAAAUUCAACCGGACAGUGACAGCUAUUCAACUAUAAGUGAUCCACACAUAAUUAGUUCGAAGAAAUUGAGCGUUGGCCUAAGACGAACGAACACCGAAAAAAGUUUGCAGAACAAAAAGCGUGUCAUCAAAAUGUUGUUUGUUGUGGUGUUGGAGUUCUUCAUCAGCUGGACACCUCUCUACGUGAUAAAUACGAUUACACUGUUUGAUUCACAGUUUGUUUACCAAACAUUUGGCUACACGACCAUUUCCUACUUCCAGUUGCUGGCAUACACAUCAUCGUGCUGUAACCCAAUCACUUAUUGUUUUAUGAAUCGUGGUUUCCGCAAAGCAUGCCUGAAUUUAUUUCGGUGUUGCAAGCGAUUUCACGAGACGCGACGCAUCAGCAUCGGCGGUGGCCCAAUCGGUGUAACUCAGAGCAGUGAAGUCACAUAGUUAAAUCGCAUACGAACACUCAAAGGAGAUAUGGCCAACUAUGUAUCGGUAUCGGUGACACAAGCCUAAAACCCUAUUAAGCACUCAUCAUGUGAUAGACCCGCAUUUCCAAUUGACUAACAACAACAAUGGUGCUAGGUGCGUGUUUACCAUCCAAUCGACUAACUUUGGAUUGGAUUGGUUUGAAGUUAAUAUAGUAAAGUAUUGUGACAGAUCAUUUUCCAUGUGGUGUUAAUCGGUGUAGAUAUAGCCAACCCAAGCCAACCCAACCAAAUCAAAACAUACAUACAAACAACCGAUAUUACUCUAGACAUUCAAUUAAUUCCCAACUGGUUUAGCAUGUAUAACGCAAAUACGUGUGGAAAUGUUUUUUACUUUUUUUAUGUAACAUAUCAGUAUGAUUAGACAACAAGCAAAUAGUAAUAAAAUCGAUGGAAAAUUGGUUGUGCUUAUUCAAACCCAAAUUUGAAUGUUAUGCACACAUAUUUUGUGAAAAGAGUCACGACGGUGUCAGGCGCAAUGAUGUCUUGUGUUUUUUUUUGCUCCUUUUUUCAUUAUGGUCGAACAUGAAAAAAGAAGCAAUAGAAAUAUGGAGCGAUUUUGCUUCAGGGUGCGCAAUAUCGAUUGAGAAUUUGAUUAGAGCCAUUUGGAAUAAAUGAUUUUUCUACACUGCGGCAUUUUUUGCCAAUGUUCGCUAUUGCUUUUCGAAUGUAUGUUUGUUUUGGGGAAAAAAGGCGACGUAUUUAUUUCCACCGAUAUCUUUGAUGUGAUGUAAUACGGAAAAUGAGUCUAGGGGUGACCAGUUUCAACGAGAAAGAAUGUUUGUUAUUGAGUGUUCGUUGCUUUAGUAUAUAAAAUGACAAAAAAAAACACAUCGGAAUGAGUUAAAUAAAAAAAAUAAUUUGUGAUUUAUUAAACGGAAUGUUUGAGAUCGAGAUAUUUUUUUAUAUAGUCUACUUUAGUCAUACCAUUUCAAUGUAGCUACUGCUCAAAUAUUACUGUUAAUCAGGGUGUGUUAAUAAUCAUAUAAAUGUUUUAACCAUUUCAAAUACAGAAGGAAAAAGAUUUCAUCAAAAUUGAAAACAGUUUUCUUCUCUGGUUGUUAGCGCACAUUUCAAAUUAAUUGCAUACAAUCACAUCACAUUAAAUAGAUGUAUCCAGUUCAUUUUUAAUGGAACUGAUUUUGUCUCCUAAUAGUACUACAGACUUAAUUUAUAUUGGCACAUUAUAAACGACGAAAUGGAGCAGUACACUUGCCAAAUAUAUUUAGACUAAGUAAAUAUUUUGUGAGCAAUGCUCACUGUGCAUUCAACAUUUUUUUUUAUUUCAAUAAAAUUCCUAUUUUAAACCAAAAAA